CAGUCGCUAAAUAGAUUUCUAAAAUAAAUUAUAAAGAAUAUUUGAUCAAAGCAUAUAUGUAUAUGUAUGUCAUACAAACAUAUAUGCAUAUAAAUGUAUACAGGUGCAUACAUUUACUCAUCUUCUCAUGAGAUUGGUUGAAGACGAUAACAGUCAAUAAAGGGUAGAGUAGUAAGUAUUAUUAAAAUAUCUUGAGUAUUUUCAGUCUAAAAAUACAUUUUCAGAAAUAAAUUGAAACAGUUAGGUUUAAAAAGGUGUUCUGUUCUGUGAGGAUAUAUCAUACUGUCCUUAACCAUAGAAAAUCACACCUUCUAAUAUACACAUACACACACGUAAAAAGAAAUUAUACCAAAAGCCUGCUGAAAAAAAAACAACCCCAGUAACACCUAAUUCAAAAUGGACAAGAAGUUAGACAAUCGUCGUGCUUUAAUGAAAUCUUCGGAUAUGCAGGCGGGAUUACAGAAAAUUGUUGUCGACACGUGUGCAGUAGCUACAGAACAGUAUGAUGAAGAACGCGAUAUUGCUGCUUAUGUUAAAAAACACAUGGAUAAAUAUGAUGGGGGUGUUUGGCAUUGUGUUUUAGGCAAAAAUUUCGGGUGUUACGUUUGUCAUAUGGAUGGAUACUUCAGUUAUUUUGAAUUCCAAGGGAAGUCUGUCAUCAUCUUUCGUACACAAUGAACAACAGCCACAAUAACAGCAACAACAGAUUAAAUCAGUUUCUUAUUGUCAGUGUGUUCGUGUUCAUGAUCGCGAUUGCUGUUGUGGUUGUGAUCGUUGGUUUUCUUAUUUAAAACAACUGUGCUGUUUUUUUCUCAUUUCGAAGCAAUAAGAAAACAAAUUGUAUUCUGCAAUUUCUACUCAUAAGUUGAUGCUAAACACUGUUGUCUAACCGUUGUUUUUUUAUACAAGUACAGAUGUGUAAUAGGCCAUAAAGAUUCUUGUUGUAAAACUAUUUAGGCUUAACUUAUUAUCCUCUCUAUCUAUCUUAUGGUGUGUGUACUUGUUUUCAUUUGAAAUAUUAUGUGUAAUUGCAUUUUGUGUAUGAAAAAUAAGAAGAAUUAUU